UCGACGCGUCUACUCGCUGCACGGAUGGCGCGCACUCGAGUCGGUGGGAAGCAGAAAGGUCCCCGAGAUCCCACCAAAGAAGCUCGCAUUCAGGCUGCCAUCCGUGAUACCUUGACUGGUGUUCAUGCCAGUUUUCCCAGUGCUGCCAUAGCUCACAAUGUAAGCACUCCCUCAACAAUUUUGUUGCAACUCAAUUUUCCUUCAGGUACCCCCACCAACUGCGAGAUCGUGCGGCAGGCAAACACCAUACUCGACGCUCGUUCCUCAACGAAUCCCAAGAAAGAGUACUGGUGGACUGGUGCCACCAUAACUCGAAUUCAGCAACCCCUUUACAUCCUCGAAAACUCCGCGCUCAAAUACUGGAGAUGGUCAACAGCAUCACGACAAGAACAUUUGACAGUCCCUUCACAUCAUAUAAACGGAAAGAAGAUCUGGAAGCACUCGCUGGAGCACUUGGACUCUCAAGAGAUGGAAAAAUUGCUGAUCUUUCAGCACGGAUCAAAGCUCACUUGGAAGAUCCUGACACUCGCGCAGCUCUUGCAGAUAACCCUCGAUUUUCAGCGCUAUAUGGUUCGAAAC